AUGAUCGCUUUUAAAACAACAGUCGUCCUUCUCUUAGUAGCGCUCGCCAGCGCUCGGCCUUCUGAAGAAUGGGAGCCCGAAGGCCACACGCACACAGAACACACGAAGCCGUACCAUGUGACCGUGGUGAAGAAGAUCGGAGUUCCGAUUCCCCAUCCGGUGGCUGUGUCGGUCCCGCAGUACGUGAAGGUGCCCAUACCUCAACCCUACCCGGUCCACGUCACAGUGGAGCAACCUAUCCAUGUACCUGUUUAUAAGGUUGUCCACCAAGUUGUUGAAAAACCAGUACCGUACACGGUCGAGAAACCAGUGCCCUAUGAAGUCGAAAAGCCUUAUCCCGUUGAGGUCGAAAAAAAAGUAGAGGUGCCCAUCCCUAAACCCUACCCCGUCCAUGUACCCGUGUACAAACACAUCUACCACCAUAAGGGAGGUAAACACUAA